AUGUUUUCCAAAAUCUGCAUUCUUCUAUUGGCUUUUGUCAGUGCCAUAGCUGCUCAAAGUUAUUACCAACCACUAGCUUAUCAACAUGCAGAGGAGAAACAUGCCCCUAUAAGCUAUGAGUUUCACUACGAUAUCCAUGAUGACCAUACCGGUGAUGUGCAUGGCCGCAAGGAGGCUCGUAAGGAUGACCAUACCCAGGGAGAGUACUACCUGAUUGAUGCUGAUGGUUACAAACGAACGGUCACCUACCAGGUUGAUGGCAAGAGCGGAUUCAUCGCUCUGGUGCAUCGAGAACCAAUCAAGGGACACCAGCCAGCCCCGAAACCAGUUCAUAAGGUGUUAGCUGUUCCGGUAUUGCACGCUUACCAUCAUUAA